AUGUCUGCCUCCAGAAUCAUCAAAUCCCCCCUGAUUACCUUCGAGGUGGGCGAGGAUAAAACACCAGUAAAGAUCCAUGCCGCAGCGGUACAAAACCUGUCAGAUCCCCUCACUGAGCGUAUUUGUGAUGAAGGAUGCGAUGGCAAAGCUGUCACUCUCGAGGGUGUAGAAGAUGAGACGUUCUGCAGAUUUAUGGAGUUUGCAUACUGUGCUCAGCAUGUCCAGAGUGCGCAACAUUCAAAUAUCAACCGCCUUGAAAACGAUGGCAGCGCUAGAGACCCGCAUCGUCUCUAUCUAACUACUCCAGUCGCUCGAACGAUCUUACCGGCACCAAACACAAGUCCAUUUUAUCGACGCUUCUCAAAACAAUUCAGAUCUCUGGAAUUCAACAAUGUACCUGCUAUGAGAUCCGUCAAUCCAAAUAUAAUAUUUCACACAAAGCUCUACGUCUUUGCCACGGAAUUCCAGGUUUUGUCUCUGCGGAGACAGUGUCUCAGCAAGCUACACAGGGAUCUGUGCGAGUUUUACAUGAAUCCGAGCGAUGCAAAUCUUGUACUUGACUUGAUCGAAUAUGUGUAUACUCACACAGCGCAGUAUGAAUUGGGGGAAGAGUCUCCUCUUCGAAGCCUGGUGUUUCAGUACAUUUUGUGUCAUAUUGACAAGCUAGUUGUCCAGGAGAGAUUCGAGGAGAUCGUCUCCCGUACUGGAGGUCUAGCCAUUUCCAUUUUGCGGGAAUUCUUGAAAGCAUGGUGA